AUGAGUCACGGUGGUCAGAGUGAACGCAUGGGCACUGGCCCUGAACUGGGCAAAGUGAGAAGUUCAGGACUCCAGAGGCAGACACUGGUGGAGGUGACUGGAGACCUGGAGCAGAGACUCUGUCAGCAGCACCACAGAGUUCUGGAGGUGUUCUGUAAGACUGACCAGACAGACAUCUGUAAAGUUUGUGCAGUGGAGGAACACAAAGGCCACACUAAAGUCUACAGAGAGAUCUCUCGUGUACCAGACACCCCAAGCCUUCUGAGGACUGCCCUUGCCAAAAUGAAAAUAGCUGACUUUGAAAUCUUCAAAAAAGAACUUAAUAGGAAUUAUCCCGAUUGCUUAGGGAGUCGACCAGAGGAUCUUGAUGUGUGUGGUGUUGCUGAUAAAAUGUUGGAGAGUUUUGAUGAACAGGCGGCUCAGAGGAUCGUAAUGCACGUCCUUAAUGCUGAUUUUCCUGUAAGAAAAGUCACAGAAGAAAAUAAAGCAAAACUGAGACAAAAAUUUCAACAUAUCUCUGAAGGAAUUUCACGAAAAGGAACAGAAAUUCUUUUAAACGAGAUCUAUACGGAGCUUUACAUCACAGAGGGAGGAAGUGGUGAGGUCAGUGAUGAACAUGAGGUCAGACAAAUUGAGAUGACCUCCAAGAGACAAACUUCUCAAGAGACUCCAAUCAAAUGUAAUGACAUAUUCAAAACGCAUCUUGAACAUGGAGGAAAAAUCAGAACAGUGUUGACAAAGGGAACAGCUGGAAUUGGAAAGACUGUCUCUGUGCUGAAGUUCAUUCUCGACUGGGCUGAAGGAAAAGCCAAUCAAGAUAUCACAGUCAUAGUCCCUCUGCCUUUCAGGGAUCUUAAUCUGAAGAAAGAGAACUACAGUCUCAUCCAGAUACUUCAUCACUAUGCCCCUGAGCUGAAGGGCUCGAAAUGUAUUGAAGAUGGAGUAAAAUUGCUCUUUAUCUUUGAUGGUUUGGAUGAGUGUCGACUUCCUUUAGAUUUCCAGAACAAUGAGGUUUGCUGUGAUGUGACAAAAUCAAUCUCAGUGGAUGUGCUGCUAACAAACCUCAUCAAGGGGAAUCUGCUUCCCUCUGCUCUCCUCUGGAUAACCUCCCGACCAGCAGCAGCCAAUCAGAUCCCUCCUGAGUGUAUCCACCAGGUCACAGAGAUCCGUGGGUUCAGUGACCGUCAGAAGGAGGAGUACUUCAGGAAGAGAAUCAGUGAUCAGAACCUGGCCAACAGAGUCAUAACACACAUCAAGUCAUCAAGGAGCCUCUAUAUCAUGUGCCUAAUUCCAGUCUUCUGUUGGAUUUCAGCCACUGUGUUUGAGAAUAUGAUGGGUGAUGCAGGCAACACUGAAAUUCCCAAAACUCUGACUGAGAUAUAUACACACUUCCUAUUCAUUCAGAUCAGUUUGAAGAAUAAGAAGUACCAUGAAGCCACACUCAGAAAACCAAAGAACUUGUCUAAAUCAGACAAAGAGAUGAUUCUAAAACUGGGAGAACUGGCUUUCCAACAGCUAGAGAAGGGCAAUCUGAUAUUUUAUGAGGAGGACCUGAGCAAAUGUGGCAUUGAUGUGAAUGAAGCAUCAGAGUACUUUUCAGUGUGUCCAGAGAUCUUCAGAGAGGAGUUGGGAUUGUACAGGGAGAAGGUUUUCUGUUUUGGACAUCUGAGCAUUCAGGAGCAUCUUGCUGCAGUAUAUGCACAUGUUACAUGCGUAAAUGAGAGCAAAGAUGUUUUCAAUUCAAUGACAACUACACAUUAUGGAUCAUCAUUGCUAAAUUUGCACAAGAGUGUAGUGGACAAAGCUCUGCAGAGCAAGAAUGGACACUUGGACCUUUUCCUCCGCUUCCUUCUUGGCCUUUCACUGGAACCCAUUCAAACCCUUCUACAAGACCUCAUAAGAAAAUACAGUUCUGAAAUGAGAACAUACAACACUGCAGAGUCAAUUCAAUACAUAAUGACAAAGAUCAGAGAGGAAUCAUCACCAGAAAGGAUCACCAAUCUGUUUCACUGUCUCCAUGAGCUGAAUUAUAACUCUCUAGUAAGGGAAAUCCAGACUGCCUUCAGAUCAGGAACUCUCUCAGAUAAGGAUAUAAAACCAGAUCAGUGUUCAGCUCUGGCUUAUAUGUUACUGAUGACAGAGGAGGUGCUGGAUGAGUUUGAUCUGAAGAUGUACAAAACAUCAGCAGCAGGUCAGCAGAGGCUGCUACCAGUACUGAGGACAUGCAAGAGAGCCAGACUUGCCAUCUGCAACCUCUCACCUGAAUCCUGUGGAUCUGUGGCCACAGCUCUCCAGUCUGUGAACUCACCCCUGAGAGAGUUAAAUCUCAGCUGCAACACCUUGACAGAUUCAGGUGUGAAACUGCUCUGUGCUGGACUGAUGAGUCCCCACUGUAACCUACAGAAACUGGAGAUGGUUGGCUGCAAUCUUUCAUGGAAAUCCUGUGAAUCUCUGGCCUCAGUUCUCCGAUCUGUGAACUCACCGCUGAAAAAAUUGGAUCUCAGCUACAAUAACCUGACAGAUUCAGGAGUGAAACUGCUCUGUACUGGACUGACGAGUCCAAACUGUAAACUAGAGAUACUGGGGCUGAGUUCCUGUGGUCUCACCGAUGGCUGUUGUUCAGAUCUGGCCUCAGUUCUACAACCUCCCCACUCUAACCUUAGAGAGCUGGAGCUGAGGGACAAUGACCUGCAGGAUUCAGGAGUGAAGCUGCUCUCCGCUGGACUGAAGAAUCCACACUGUUACGUACACACACUGGGGCUGUCAGGCUGUCUAAUCACAGAGGAAGGCUGUGCCUCUCUGGCCUCAGCGCUGAGAUCAAACCCCUCAAACCUGAGAGAGCUGGAUCUGAGCUACAAUCACCCAGGGGGCUCAGGGGUGAAGCUGCUCCAUGGUGUACUGGAGGAUCCACUCUGUAAACUGGAGAAACUGGAGCUGGACCACAGUGGAGAAUGCAGGACGAAUCCUGGGCUUAGGAAAUAUGCCUUUCAGCUCACACUGGACCAGAACACAGCACAUAAACUCCUCUCUCUGUCCAAAGACAACAGGACAGUGAUGCACACUUCAGUAGAGUCUCCAUAUCCUGAUCAUCCUGACAGAUUUAAGGUCCACCCUCACAUUCUCUGCAGAGAGGCCCUGACUGAGCGCUGUUACUGGGAGGUGGAGUGGAGCGGAAUACGAGUUCUUCUGGGGGUCACAUAUAAGAGCAUCGACAAGGAGAAUGUUUGUAUGGGAAUGGACAGCAAGUCCUUUAUGCUGAAAUGCCAGAGUGAUGGAUUUGCUUUCUGGCACAAUGGUAUGGAAAUAGUCACACCUUAUUUCUACUGUACCAGAAUAGGAGUGUAUUUAGAUUGGGCUGCUGGCACUCUGUCCUUCUACAGCAUCUUCAAUGGCACACUGACCCUCCUGUACACAUUCCACACCGCAUUCACUGAGCCCGUCUAUGCAGGGUUUGGGGUUUACCCUCACGCAUCUGUUACUCUGUGUCAUGAACUAACAGAAAGUGAGCUGACAGAGGAUCUUUUGCAGUGUGACGGGGCUGAUCCUUGGAUGAAAGUCAAAGAGGUCACUAAAGAAAAACUGAUGCAACAUUUUAAAUAUUUAAAAUAUGUAAAUGAAGGCUGUUCAAAUGAAGGAAAAUCCACUCUACUGAAUGAGAUCUACACAGAGCUCUACAUCACAGAGGUAGGAAGUAUAGAGGUAUAUAAUGAACAUGAGGUCAAAAGGACUGAGAUGUUCUCUGUGACACAAAGCACUCAAGAAAAAGUAGAAAAAGAAACAGAAGAAGAAGAAGAGGAAGAAGAAUCUCCAAUCAAACUCAGUGACAUAUUCAAAACACUUCCUGAAGAGAGGGAACAUAUCAGAACAGUUCUGACACAGGGUGUUGCUGGAAUUGGGAAGACUGUCUCUGUGCAGAAGUUCAUUCUCGACUGGGCUGAAGGAAAAGCAAAUCAAGACAUCACAGUCAUAGUCCCUCUACCUUUCAGGGACCUUAAUCUGAAGAAAGAGAACUACAGUCUCACCCAGCUACUUCAUCACUAUGCUCCAGAACUGAAAGAGAUAAAAGACAUUGAAGAUGAAAAAGUCAAAUUGCUCUUGAUCUUUGAUGGUUUGGAUGAGUGUCGUUUUCCUCUAGAUUUCCAGAACAAUGAGGUUUGCCGUGAUGUAACAAAGUCAAUCUCAGUGGAUGUGCUUCUAACAAACCUCAUCAAGGGGAAUCUGCUCCCCUCUGCUCUCCUCUGGAUAACUUCCAGACCAGCAGCAGCCAAUCAGAUUCCUCCUGAGUAUGUCCAUAGGGUCACAGAGAUCUGUGGGUUCAGUGACCCUAAAAAGGAGGAGUACUUCAGGAAGAGAAUCAGUGGCCACGACCUGGCCAACAGAAUCAUCACACACAUCAAGUCAUCAAGGAGCCUCCACAUCAUGUCCCACCUACCAGUCUUCUGUUGGCUUUCAGCCACUGUGUUUCAGAAUAUGAUGAGUGAUGAAAACGCUGGUGAAAUCCCCAAAACACUGACUGAGAUGUAUGCACAGUUCCUGUACAUUCCAAUCAGUCUGAAGAAUAAGAGGCUGCAUGGAGACAUAGUGGAAACCUCAGAGGAACUGGUUGAAUCAGACAUAGAGAUGAUUCUAAAACUGGGAGAACUGGCUUUCCAACAGCUAGAGAGAGGUAACCUGAUAUUCUAUGAAGAAGACCUGAGAGAGUGUGGCAUUGAUGUGAGUGAAGCUUCAGAGUACUCUUCAGUGUGCCCAGAGAUCUUUAGAGAGGAGUUGGGAUUGUACAAGGACAAGGUUUUCUGUUUUGUACAUCUGAGCAUCCAGGAGCAUCUUGCUGCAGUGUAUGCGCUUGAUAUGUGUUUGAGCAAUCAGACGAAUGUUUUCAACCCAGAGGAAGGAGGCACAUUUACACUGUCUAAUCUACACCAGAGUGCAGUGGACAAUGCCUUGCACAGUAACAAUGGACACCUGGACCUUUUCCUCCGCCUCCUUCUUGGAAUGUCACUGAAAUUCAGCCCAGAAGGGAGAAAAUGCUGCACAGAGACAGCUGAAUACAUAACGGAGAUGAUCAAAGAGGAAACAUUGCAACCAGAGAGGAUCAUCAAUCUGUUCCAUUGUCUGGAUGAGCUAAAUGAUAACCCUCUAGUGCAGGAAAUCCAGACUUCCCUCAGAUCAGGAACCCUCUCAGAUAGAGAGCUGGAACCACACCAGUGUUCAGCUCUGGCCUAUAUGUUACUGAUGUCAGAGGAGGUGCUGGAUGAGUUUGACCUGAAGAUGUACAAAACAUCAGCCGCAGGUCAGCAGAUGCUGCUCCAAGUGCUGAGGAUCUGCAAGAGGGCCAGACUGAAUGACUGUACACUGUCAUCUGAAUCCUGUGUAACUGUGGCCAAAGCUCUUCAGUCAGUGAACUCACCCCUGAGAGAACUAGAUCUCAGCUUUAACAGCCUGGGAGACGAAGGAUUCAAUCUUCUCUGUACUGGACUUAAGAAUUCAAACUGUAAACUACAGAAAUUGUGGUUAGCAGGUUGUGAUCUCUCAUCUGAAUCCUGUGGAAUUAUUGUCUCAGUUCUCCAGUCAGUGAACUCACCCCUGAGAGAACUAGAUCUCAGCUUUAACAGCCUGGAAGACGAAGGAUUCAGUCUUCUCUGUACUGGACUUAGGAAUUCAAACUGUAAACUGCAGAAAUUGUGGUUGACUAUGUGUGGUCUCACAGAAAACUGUGGUACUGAUCUGUCCUCUGUCCUGAGAUCUCCCCAUUGUAACCUGAGAGAGCUGGAGCUGAGAGACAAUGACCUGCAGGAUCCAGGAGUGGAGCUGCUCUGCUCUGGACUGGGACAUCCACACUGUAAACUGGAGAAAUUGGGGCUGUCAGGCUGUCUGAUCUCUGAGGAGGGUUGUGCUUCUCUGGCUUCAGCUUUGAGACUGAACCCCUCACAGUUGAAAGAACUGGAUCUCAGCUACAAUCACCCAGGAGACUCAGGAGUGAGUUUGUUCUCGACUCUCCUGGAGGACCCACACUAUAAACUGGAGAAACUAGAACUGGACCACAGCGGAGAACAUAGAAUGAAACCUGGGCCAAGGAAAUAUGCCUGUCAGCUCAGACUGGACCGGAACACAGCACACAGAUACCUCUCUCUGUCUGAAGACAAUAGGAGAGUGACAGGGACCUCAGUGGCUUUGCCUCAUCCCAUCCAUUAUGAGAGAUUUAAAUGUGACUACCAAGUUCUCUGUAGAGAGGUUCUGACUGAGCGCUGUUACUGGGAGGUGGAGUUCAGUGGAGAAAGAGUUCAGAUAGGAGUUACUUAUAGAAGCAUCAAUAGAACUAAAGGCCUUAUGGGUAGGAAUGCCAAGUCCUUCAGUAUGGAAUGGCGGAAUAACAGAUUCUUUUUUUGGCACAAUGAUGAAAGAUCAGCUGUACUGUCUCCUUCUCACCCCUCUACCAGAAUAGGAGUGUAUUUAGAUUGGGCUGCUGGCACUCUGUUCUUCUACAGCAUCUUCAAUGACACACUGACCCCUCUACACAGAUUCUACACCACAUUCACUGAGCCUCUCUAUGCAGGGUUUGGGGUUUACCCUGACUGCACACUGAGUCUGUGUCAGUUAGAAUAG